AAUCAAAGACGGUAACCUCUGACGUGUACCAUUUGACUGCACUUGACUGAGAACUGUGAAACUGUUUUGCCCAAUAUUGUUGAUUGAUUUGGUGCAAAAUGUUAGGAAUAAUAUAUCUUCUGGCAGUAUGUAGCGUCUCUGUUGUUCACUCUGCUAGUCUUGAGACAGUAAGUGACGGAGAACUUACAAAUCUUAUAGGAACCGAGAAAUAUGUCGUCGUACUCUUCACAAAAAAAGACUGCGAGACAUGCACGAAUUUUGAGAAUGAAAUGAUUCAUUUGAGAGAGGAUCUGGUGGACUCUCUCUUUGCUUGGGUUGUCAAGGUUGUAGACAGCCAUCUCCGUGAACUUUAUAGCCCAGAUGAGGAACCUGUACUUGUUUUCUUUAGAUAUGGAAUACCUUUACUCUAUGAUGGACCAUUAAAUGAUGAGGAGAUCUUAUCUAUGUUUACUGAAAAUAAGGAGCCCACAGUAAAGGAGUUAACAGAUGAUACAUUUGAGCAUUUAACUCAAGCAAGUAGUGGGGCUACAACUGGAGACUGGUUUGUUAUGUUUUACAGUACAGAUUGUUCGGAAUGUGCUCGAAUGUCUGCUAGAUGGGAGGCUGUGGGUGCAAAGCUUAAACACAGGGUCAAUGUAGCAAGGAUUAACAAAUAUACAAGUGGAGCAUCCACAGCUAGGAGGUUUAAUAUAUAUGAAACUCCUGCAUUUAUAUUCUUCAGACAUGGUAAAAUGUAUCGCUAUCAAAUCCCAAAAUACGAUAUUAACGCGUUCGUAUUAUUCGCCAAAGAAUGGUAUAGAAAUGCGCGUGCUGAAGCUGUCCCUGUACCACAAAGCCCAUUUGAUGAUUUUGUACAAAUGAUUGCUAACGCUCUUCGUGAAAAUCCAUGGAUCAUGAAGCUCGGCAGUAUUACUAUCGGUGUAUUUAUUAUAAUUUCGGUAGCUUCUCAAUUUAGGCGCAAAACUGAUAUGCCUCAAAAGAAAGAUUAAUAAUUUUAUGUACUAAACAAAUGUUAUGGGUACUGUGCCAAACUAUUCGUAAGUACAAUGUUGUAUAAAAGCACAAAAAGCAGAUGGAUAAAUUAAACAAAAAAAUUAAGUCACUUGAAUUUCUGACAAAUUCACUUUAGUUACAAUAAAUUUUUAUAA